UGGCGGCCGCGGGCGCCGAAGCGGGAGGGCAGGGCCGGCGGGCGGCGCUGGAGUCGGCGCGGGUGCAGGCGCCAUGGAGGCCGAGCGGCGUCCGGAGCGCCCGCCUGCGGAGCUUAGCAGCCCGGGCCAGACGCCGGAGGAGGGCGCGGAGGCCUUGGCGGAGUUUGCGGCGCUGCACGGCCCGGCGCUGCGCGCUUCCGGGGUCCCCGAACGUUACUGGGGCCGCCUCCUGCACAAGCUGGAGCACGAGGUUUUCGACGCUGGGGAAGUGUUUGGGAUCAUGCAAGUGGAGGAAGUAGAAGAGGAGGAGGAUGAGGCCGCCAGGGAGGUGCGGAAGAAGCAGCCCAACCCGGGGAGCGAGCUGUGCUACAAGGUCAUCGUGACCAGGGAGAGCGGGCUCCAGGCAGCCAACCCCAACAGCAUCUUCCUCAUCGACCAUGCCUGGACGUGCCGUGUGGAGCAUGCACGCCAGCAGCUGCAGCAGGUGCCCGGGCUGCUGCACCGCAUGGCCAACCUGAUGGGCAUUGAGUUCCACGGUGAGCUGCCCAGUGCGGAGGCUGUGGCCCUGGUACUGGAGGAGAUGUGGAAGUUCAACCAGACCUACCAGCUGGCCCAUGGGACAGCCGAGGAGAAGAUGCCAGUGUGGUAUAUCAUGGACGAGUUCGGUUCACGGAUCCAGCACGCGGACGUGCCCAGUUUCGCCACGGCACCCUUCUUCUACAUGCCCCAGCAGCUGGCCUACACGCUGCUGUGGCCCCUGAGGGACCUGGACACUGGCGAGGAGGUGACCCGAGACUUUGCCUACGGAGAGACAGACCCCCUGAUCCGGAAGUGCAUGCUGCUGCCCUGGGCCCCCACCGACAUGCUGGACCUCAGCUCCUGCACGCCUGAGCCACCCGCCGAGCACUACCAGGCCAUUCUGGAGGAAAACAAGGAGAAGCUGCCACUUGACAUCAACCCCGUAGUGCACCCCCACGACCACAUCUUCAAGGUCUACACGGAUGUGCAGCAGGUGGCCAGCAGCCUCACCCACCCGCGCUUCACCCUCACCCAGAGCGAGGCAGAUGCCGACAUCCUGUUCAACUUCUCACACUUCAAGGACUACAGGAAACUCAGCCAGGAGAGGCCGGGUGUGCUGCUGAACCAGUUCCCCUGCGAGAACCUGCUGACUGUCAAGGACUGCCUGGCCUCCAUAGCGCGCCGGGCCGGCGGCCCCGAGGGCCCACCCUGGCUGCCCCGAACCUUCAACCUGCGCACCGAGCUGCCCCAGUUUGUCAGCUACUUCCAGCAGCGGGAACGGUGGGGCGAGGACAACCACUGGAUCUGCAAGCCCUGGAACCUGGCUCGCAGCCUGGACACCCACGUCACCAAGAACCUGCACAGCAUCAUCCGGCACCGAGAGAGCACCCCAAAGGUUGUGUCCAAGUACAUUGAAAGUCCUGUAUUGUUCCUUCGAGAAGACGUGGGAAAGGUGAAGUUUGACAUCCGCUACAUCGUGCUGCUGCGGUCAGUGAAGCCCCUGCGGUUGUUCGUGUAUGAUGUAUUCUGGCUGCGGUUCUCCAACCGGGCCUUCGCACUCAACGACCUAGAUGACUACGAGAAGCACUUCACAGUCAUGAACUACGACCCGGACGUGGUGCUGAAGCAGGUGCACUGUGAAGAGUUCAUCCCCGAGUUUGAGAAGCAAUACCCAGAAUUUCCCUGGACGGACGUCCAGGCUGAGAUCUUCCGGGCCUUCACGGAGCUGUUCCAGGUGGCCUGUGCCAAGCCACCGCCCCUGGGCCUCUGCGACUACCCCUCAUCCCGGGCCAUGUAUGCCGUCGACCUCAUGCUGAAGUGGGACAACGGCCCAGAUGGAAAGCGGGUGAUGCAGCCGCAGAUCCUGGAGGUGAACUUCAACCCCGACUGUGAGCGAGCCUGCAGGUACCACCCCACCUUCUUCAACGACGUCUUCAGCACCUUGUUUCUGGACCAGCCCAGCGGCUGCCACGUUACCUGCCUUGUCUAGGCACUCACUGUCCCCAAAACCUGUGCUUGGGGCAGGAUUCCAACCUCAGUUCUCUGAGCUACUUCUGCAAAGGCCCCCAUGCCCCUCCCCACACCAGCUCUGGGCAUAGCCUCAGCCCCAGGCCUCUGUCCUCCCGAGCCAUCCUCCCGGCCUCACACUCUGGGAGCACAGCGUCCUCCUCCCACCUGUGGGUCAGAGCAGGACAGUGAUGGUGCCCCCCGGGCUGAGCACCACCCCAGGCCCUGCCCUCACCCCUCACCACCAUCCGUGCACUGAUGAGUCUCCAGUUUAGCCAAGGGCUUCGUUCCUGGUGUGGAGAAUUUGUUCCUGGCUGCUGUGUUUCCAGGGGUGCUGGGGGAAGGGUUCCGUGGAGUGAGACAAGGUGUCCUCGGGAGCAGGGUUCCACCGGGAAGCGUCUGGGAGCCCUGUGUCAGUCACACAGUGCAGGCCGGUUUCUCUUCCGGGGUCUCUGCUCUUAUGCAUGAGGAUGACCUCGAAAUGGGUGUGGGGCCCCACACUGCACCCACAGGGCUCUAUGCAACGGGGGCCCAGGAGCAGCCUGAGGCCACCACCAGGCAAGCCUGCCUUAUCACCCAUUCCAGCUCACCCAGGACCUUCACCAGCAAACCUCCUGCUGAGGUCCUGGCAGGAGGCCACUGUUAACUUUUCCGUUUGCUGAGGGUCACAGCCCCGACAGGGAAGUCGGUAUCUGUCUUCCCAGUGGUUGCCCUGCUCGCUGGGCAGUCUGCAGAGUCCCGCCCUCGUCUGAGAUGGGCCAGGAUCCUUCAGCAAGGGGCGCCUGGGGCUGGGACUGAUUGUGGACGGCGGAGCACCGACAGAAAAGGAUUCCAAGGAGAACUUCAGGUUAAAGUCAGAUGCCACCUACCAGGGUCUACAGUCAAAAUGUUGACUUUUUCUUAUUUUUUAAUGUAUGGGAGAAAAAUGUAAAAUUCCAGUUCUUUUCUAAUUGUGUUUCUGAAAUUAGGAGUCAGCUGCCAGCGUUUUUGUGGGGCUGCAGUGUGCCUGGUUCCAGCUCACGGGCAGUGGGUGGCCUAACUCCCCAGGCAGGCGGGAGCUACUUCCAGAGCCUUCCAGUGCGUGGGAGGGCAGGGCUAGGUGUGGCGGUGUCUCCUCUUUGAAAUGAAGAACUAUCUUUCUUGUAGCAAAGCUGCGCCCGGUGAUGCUGCCUCCUUUCUCCGUGUUGUCUGGGCCCCUGUUUACAAGCACACCUUGCCCUUUCUGAGGGGAGCCAUGCUCUAGCCCCUGGAGAACCUGUUGCAGGGACAGGGCAGGCCCAUCGCCUUUGGCAGCUCCUGGAGAGCUGUUGACAUGGAGUCCCCCUUUAUUGGUUCGUGCUGCAAUAAAGGCCAUCUUCUCUUA